UGAAGUUGGCCCGGGUCACCCAGGAAAGGAUUAAAACGGAAUCUAGAGUCACCGAACUGUGACUGCUGAAGAAGGAACCGGAGUGAAGGAUGGUCUUGGUUCAGAGCUGCAGCAGAAGGAAUAUGGCUGCAAAUUUACCAGGGUUCGGAAGCUCCGGAAAGAGCUUUCUGAUCGACAAUCUUUUGAAAUCACAAAGUCCUCCUGUCCAUCCGGAGGGAACAGCAUGUGGACACCUCAGACAAGUUGCAUGUGAACGCCCCAGGAGACCCUGGGGCCAGGAGCGUGGAGCCCAUCACAGCCUGAGUCCUCCACAGGGAAAAAUCAAUGGCUGUCCACUUCUAUCUUGUUCAGAUGUUCUGAGCAGCGCUUUCCUGCAGAGCCCGCCGUAUCUGCUGGCAUGCUGCGGUGGGUCCAGUCCCGCUCCCGUCUUCUCCAAAGGAGGAAAUGUUCAAAUGUGGUCGUCGAAUUCAAACCCUAAAUCCCGCAGAGGGAUCCUCAGGAGGGCUGUUUUCUCCGAAGAACAAAGAAAGGAACUGGAGAAAACCUUUCGGAGGCAAAAGUACAUCAGCAAAAUGGACAGGAACAAACUGGCGGCUGAUCUUAGCCUGAAGGAAUCACAGGUGAAGAUCUGGUUCCAGAACCGUCGUAUGAAAUGGAGAAACCACAAGGAGAAAGAGGUUCAUAGCAUUCGCUCACCGAUGGAUGAGCUAUUGGCCAGAAGUCGUCCUCAAGACGAAGUGCAAACGUCCCACAAUCACGCUGACAUGAACACAGACAGCUCAGCGCCACAGAAGAGCACCAGAGAUGCAUGAAUGAGCUGAUACUGAGAAAGUGACUUUCUCAUGUCUGCAACAUUCUCUACAAGGACUUGAAUACUGACGGUACACACAAAGUUGUAUAGGCUAACACUGAAAAUGCAUCUAGAGGUCAAAUGAGCUACAUACUGUAUAUAAUUACAUAAAAUUCUGAAAAUCCAUUCUAGAAACAUUCUUCUAAUUCUUUUUUUUAAGCCAGUUACAUGUAGAUAAUAUGUCCCUCAAUGUCUUGAAUGGAUGGAUAAGUUGUAAAUUAAAUGUUUUAUUAAAUCGUCACAUUGUAAAUAGCAUGAUAUACUUUUCUACUAUACCAUAUUAUUAGGGACUAAUGUUAACUGUAGUAUACAGGUAUUGGUGAGUCCUCCACCUCGUUUACAAUGUUAGUACUUUCCUCAAAAACUACCUGUAUUUUAUCAUAAAAUAUUAUGAAUGCAUGGAAAAAUUUGGUGUAAAUUGCU